UGCUCUUGUUGUCCGGCGAUGCAGGUGGCGGGGGUGGGGCAGCGGAGGGAGUGGAAGAAGCCGAAGCCGAAGACGAAGUUCUGUGGCAUUUUGCCAUUCGUUGGCCUCUUGGUCGAAGAUAGCCAGGGGCUCCUUAUCCGAUCCGCCGGUGAUGAUGAUGGUUUUGAAGUCACUUUGGGCAAGGGAGUAUGCAGAACGAACAGCAGUUGGGGCAUUGGUUCCGUUAUAAGCAGGCCAGUCCUGCAUAGUAAGACGUUUCGUCUUGCCACCUCCAAGCUUGGUACCAGGAGCCGCAGGUUUGCCGUCCGCUUGCAUCAAGGCGAGGUUGGUAAUCUUGUUGGGGUUCUGGCUCGCGUCCAAGAUUCCCAAGACCUUGCUCUUGUCAUCGCCCGUAACCAGACUAUACUUGGUGGCAUCCAAAUUCGGUGGAUCGCUGAGAGUGGUUUGGAGCUUGUUCCACCUUUGGUCCUUGGAGAAGGUGUGCAUUUCGACAUUGGGUGAUCCUCCCACUAGAGCGCCUCCAAGCAUGAGAGCGGUAUCCUCGUCCCACUGGACCAGUUGCGGUUUGGCCAGAGGCACAGGACCCUUGUCGGCAUUGGUGCGGUAGGGUGGGAACAGAUCGAUGAGCCAAGUCUCGGAAUUGGGGGUCGGGUCGUCUAUUUGGGUGCCCGAGUAGACGAGGAUGGAGUUGGCCUUGUUCAGGUAGGCCACAGCAUGAUUGACGCGUCCCUUGGUGACGAAGACGUCGGGUCGCAGCCAAUCCCACUUUUGAGUAGCGAAAGUAUAAUGCAUCAAGCCAGGGUAGUUCCAGUCGGCGGCGGUUUCGUUCGGUUUGCCUCCUACGACAUACAACUUUGCUUCAUCGAUAUUGCCGUUGGGGACUACUUUGACGCACUGCGCGCCAGUCAGGGAGAUGUCGGAAGGCAGCGCCUUCCAAGUCUCGUUCUGGCCGAGGGUGAGGACCUGGAAUCCCUCGGGGGAAUAAGCGUAGAGCUUAUCAUCGUGCCAGACGGAGCAAUGGCCUUCCAACUUCCACUUGGGCUUGGGGAUACUCAUGGUGGCAGCGGUGUCGGGGUAUGAUAUAAAACGAAUGUGAAUGCAACGUUC